AAUGGCAAUGGCAACAUCCUCUCGAUCAUACAUCGUCUUCCUCUUCUUCCUCGUCUCCGUCCUGUUUUUUCUCUUGUUCUCUCUGCAAUUGGGUGUGGCUGAACCAAACCUCCAUCCUUCAGAUUGCAAGGCGAGGUGCGAAUAUCGAUGCUCGGCGACGUCGCACAAGAAGCCGUGUAUGUUCUACUGCCAAAAAUGUUGUGCAACAUGUCUGUGUGUGCCUCCUGGGACCUCUGGGAACAAGGAAGUUUGUCCUUGCUACAAUGAUUGGAAGACUAAGGAAGGACGUCCUAAAUGCCCUUGAAAUUCAUUUGCUAACACAUUUUAAAGAUGUUUAGAAGUCUUGAAGUUGUUGGGUGAAGAAAGUAAUUGAAGUGUUUUGAAUGAGAGAAUAAUUGUAAUCUUGGUCACUUGAAUAAGAGGAACAUUGCAAUCUUGGUUGCUUGAUCUCCA